AUGGCUCUUUAUGGGAGAAAGUGUAGAUCGCCUAUUGGUUGGCUUGAAGUUGGUGAAGUUGAGUUGAUAGGGCCAAACUUAGUUCAUCAAGCCAUGGAGAAUAUGAAGAUUAUUCAGGAAACGUUAAAAACAACACAGAGUCAUCAGAAAUCCUAUACAUAUGUUAGGAGAAGAGACUUAGAAUUUGAGGUUGAUGAUUGGUUCUACUUAAAUAUUUCACCCAUGAAGGAUGUUAUGAGAUUUGGUAAGAAAGGGAAACUCAGUCCCUGGUAUAUUGGUCCUUAUAGGAUAUCCAAGAGGGUUGACAAGGUUGCUUAUGAGUUGGAUCUACCUUCAGAAUUAGCAGCAGUUCAUCUGGUGUUCCAUGUAUCGAUGUUAAAUAAGUGUUUGGGUGAUCCUUCACUCAUUGUACCUACUGAUAAUAUUGGUAUCAAGGACAACCUAUCAUAUGAGAAUGUUACCAUUCAGAUUCUUGAUCGUCACAAGUUGAGAACCAAAGAGGUUUCAUCAGCCAAGGUCUUAUGA